AUGGAUCGCUCGCGCCGGAUGCCUCAACGUCGCCGUCCGUUAGGAGCUUCUGCUUCUCCUACUUCUACUUCAGAGGCUUCCUUUGAACUGAAUCCACUCACGAGUCCUGUUGUUUCUCACACUAAUACCACCACAACGCCUCAAGGUGUAGGCGUUGGUGGCCGCCGCUCAGCCAAACCUCUCCAACACGCCUUCACUUUCUCUUCUCCAAGCAGUAGUCGCAAUUCGAAUGCCAAGAAGCGUUCUACUACUAUGGAUAACUAUCCAAUUCCUGAUGAGGGUGAGCAUGGGCCCAAAAAGGGCGGCCACAGUCUUCGUAAGCGUGCUCGCGUGGAUUACACGUUUGAGCACAUCGACGACGAUGUCAUCGUCCCCAAUUCCACCUCUUCAGCACGCGGCAAAAAGAGAAGGUCUGAAGUCAACUUUGACACAGAUGACUUUUACAGCAAUGACUCUAAGAGGCGAGGCGCCUCCAUGGGUGCUGACACCCCGUCCAAUCGCCGGAGGAAUCCGACUCGAAAAUCCAGUGACCUCAAGGCAUAUCAUCAAGCUGCCUUGCAAGAUGAUGAUAACGACGUCCAAGACACAAUUGAAGUCGGCGCCUAUUACUCAGAUGUCGAUGACUCUGAGCUGAGAGACGCCGCUUCAAAUAACUCAUCCCCCCAGAAUAAGAUGCCAUCAAAGGACUCACCUAAAAAGUCCCCCCAUAAUGAGUCCACCAAGGAUGCAUUUGCCGCUCCUCAAGUUGAUGAGAAUCAACACCAGCUUGAAACAAAAGAAACCUUGCCCGUUCCCCAGGUUGAGCAAAUCUCCUCAGACACAGUUUCUUCUGUUGUGGAACCUACACGAACCUCUAUCGAGGAACCUGUAUCUCAACCUACAGAGCCGCAGGCCGAAAAACUUCCCAAAGUGGAACCCGAGCCGGAAUCACUGAGUACAACGCAUAAGUCACCGGCUGCUGAAGAUGUUAAUGAAGUAAAGCUGCCAGCAGUGGCAGUGGCAGUGGCAGAUGCACAAUCUGAACCAGCUGCCACGGCAGUGCCAGAUUCUCGUCCAGUUGAAGUGGAACCAGAGGUAAUAACAGAGGCAGUGGCAGCGCCAGUGUCAGAGCCAGUGCCAGCACCGACAAUAGCACCUCUGCCAAUUACAGCCGACGAGAACAAUAAGAGUGAAUCUGUUCACUCAACUAUUGUUCCCGCAUCUGAGCCAGUGCCUAUGCCUGUCAAUGGAGUUGCUGAAGUCCCCACUACCGAACCUCUUCCUCAAGAUUCUUCUGAGCCUACUCUCUCUCUCACCAACACAAUCAACACCGAUACAGAUACCAACAUCAAACAAGAAUCAUCUCAUCACGUCACAAACAUCUAUCAAUUUCCUACAACGGACAAGCUAAUCGACCUUCAGCAAGACGACAAGAUGAACGCAAUGGACAACAUGGAGAUCGAUUCUGCUCAGGACGAGCAUCCUACUCAGGAUGUUGAAAUGACUGAUGCCGCGCCUCUUGAUACACAAGAGCUUGUACAGGAGUCUGUGCAGGAGCCUGUGCAGGAGCAUGUAAGCAAGUCUGCACAAGAGCCCACAGAGCUCACACAAGAACCUGAACAACUUUCACAAUUGCCCGAACAAGAACCUGCACAGAAGUCCACGACAGCAGCUUUACCCGCAGCUGCGUCGUCGCGUUCUGCUUCAAGGGCUCGCUCUACAUCACCGCCAAAGUCACCCUCAAAACCACCAUCACCAUCACCUGCUCGAGAGACUGAAGAGCUUCGACAGUCUGUUGAGAACGUCGCAUCUCCCCAAAAUGCCACCUCCAACGAUGUUCCCACGUCUUUGGAGGUGAAUGGCGACUCGACAAAGGAUGAGAAGGUGAACAAUGAGACUGUUGAAAACAAUAAAGACAAAGAGUCCGCACAAGUGCCGGCCACUGCCGACGAACUUCCAAUCCCAGACUCACCUGAGAUUCCUCUCACUCAAGAGGAGCCUACCACCAUUUCGAGCCCUACCGAAUUGAAAGCUCCUACUCCACCUCCUACUGAGACCAUCGAAACCCCCGCUUCUUCUGCUCCCUCAGACACGAAAGCAAGUCCCCAGAAGCCUGUGGCUCCCCGAAUUGCCCUGGAGUCAAUGCCACAGCCUACCCCCGCCGGCCGCUGGUCACAUCUUAGGCCUUAUGUCGAUGGGGAGUUUACGCUAUACCCAGAGAAGAAGGGUCGCUCUGAUGAAGACGGUGCCAAUGAUGACACAACACCUGAAGGAAAGGACACUGACAUGGAGCCCAUGGUGGACGAUCAGUAUGAUAUCGUCGAUGGGGCGGGCCUCGAAGCACCUACACCCGCACUGAACACUCCUACACGCGGUUCUCCAGUGGCCGACUCCACAGAUCCUACAGCUUUCAAUUCACCUGCUCCAGGUGGAGAUGAUGGUGAUGACGCUGACGUCUCUGAAUCUCAGGAAGUGCCAGGACGUACACGUUAUUACAAAUAUAGAAAGCUCAGAGACCCUGAGGAGUACAUCUCCAUCCUCGAGAACUACGAGGACAUGUCAACUGAAGACCUGUACGAACUCCUCGAGGCCGUAAAUGUCUCCAUGGUUCAGUGGCAGGAUGAGUGGAAUGACCUGGGCGCUGUCGUUGACGAUUACGAGAACUCGCUCCGUCGACGAGCUGCCGAUGCCAAGUACGAAGCCCGCACUCGCAACCUCAACCAGCAUGGCCUUAACUAUGAAGAACCUGAAUUUGCUGUCAAGGGCUACAAGUCUCGCGACAAGGAAGGUCUCAAUGAGACCCGUUAUCUUCAAGGACAAGAUCGUAUUAUGGCAGCUGCCUACGGCUUUGAAUACGAUCCUCAUCCUUCAAAGAUUGGCAAGCAAAAUCCCGAAACACAGCAGGUCGGAAUCAUGACGCGUGGACGAUCUCUGCGAAACCAGCCCCGACAGACCGCAAAGGCCACUGAGACGGAUGAGGUUGUCGGCAAACGUCAGCGCAAGCCUGUCCAGCUCUUCGAUCCCGCAACACAGGAUGUCAGUCGGAGCUCAACACCUGUGCCUCCCACUCGUGGUGGUCGUCGACGCAAGAACGCCAACGCUGAGGAUGAGCCUCAGACCAACCUUUCAGUCAGCUUCAACACUGAGGCUGCCUCGGACAAUGAGGCUUCGGGUCCCAAGACUAGACGUAAGCGUGGUCGUGGCAAGAAUGCUGCUGUUGCCGAAGAACCUGCCCCUACACCAGACGCCGAGGAACCAGUCCAAGAAUCGCCCGCAAAGACUACUCGUCGUGGCCGGGCCAGACCUGCCGUCAAGUACGAAGAGGCUGAUCCCAAUGAGUUUGUCGAUGACGAACCCCAAGAGGAAGAAGAAGUGCAGGAGAAGGAAGAGAAGGCGCCUGUCCGCCGUGCCAUUGUUACUCUCAAGCUUCCCAGGGCUUACUAUACCGAUGUCACGCCUGAAAACGAGAUCACCGACAAUGGCGACUCUCGCCCUACCACCGCCUCCUCUGAAGCAUCUGGACACACUGUUGAGUCAUCAUAUUCGUUCCGACCCAAGCGACAGAAGCGCUUCCGCGACGAUCCUAACGAAGCUGAAGAGUUGGCUCAGGCACCGCCCAAGAAGAAGGGCAAGCGAACCAGCGGAGGUACCACCACCACUGAGGUUCCAUCUAGUGCUUCUACACCAGCUCCCUCUGUCGAACCAGCACAAGUGCCAAACAGCCGCAAGAUUCAAAAGAUCAAAGUGGUCAGGUCUGGCCAGGAUGCUAAGAACGGAGGGACACCCGCACCUCACGCGCUUCCUCCUGCUGCUGCUGUUCCUGCUACAGGACCUCCCUCCGCUCCCCCAUCUGUCGCAGGGGACGAUGGAGAUGAUACACCCAAAGAUUAUAAGUCCAUGACCAAGUCAGAGAAGAUGUCUGCAUCGAUGAAGAAUCGUUGGGCCAAUGGAAAUAUGGCUGGAGCCGUUGAGAAACGCAAGGCGACCCUGGCGGCUAAGAAGGCUGCUCAAGCGGCAGCCGAGCAAAGAACAGGUGUCGCCGCUCCCAAUAAGCCUAAAGGCAAAGCCACCAUCAAGAGGGAGUCUUCCUCUCUCAAGAUGCAGAUGCAGCCUGAUCAACCACAGAUGCCACCACAGCAACCGCCCAUGCUGCAUCAACCGCCGCCGAUGCACCCUCAUCAGCAUGAGCUUCCUCCUCACCAGUAUCACCCUCACCAGCAUCAACGUCAGCACCCGCCUCACCCGAUGCAUCUUCAGCAACAACCCCCAAUGCAUCCAGGUCACCCUCAACAUCUUCCCCCUCCCCCUCCACCUCCUCAUCAAGCUGGAAACCCGCCUCCUCCUUUCAUGCAUGGUCACCCUCAGCACCACGGCCACGGCCAUAGCCACGGAAUGCCUGGUAUGGGGUACCCCUACUAG